AUGAUUGAAGUAAAAAAGGGAAAUUUUUUCAUACUUAACUAAGAAGAAAUUAGAGAGAAAAAUUCUUUUCUAAAAAAGAAUUUUAGACUUCAUUAAUAAUAAUAAUUAGUUACUUCUGAAUAAGCAAUUCUAUUUUUAAAAGGGGCAUUGCCUAAUUAUAAUAAUUUAUGGGCAAUCAUUUCUGAAUUGCAUCAAUUAUUACUAAAAUAUAGUGAAUUGCAUUUUUAAACUAUGCCGUAUAUGUUUUAAGCAGUAAAGUAAUAUUUAUAGGAUAUUACUUCAUCUACUCUUUACCAGAAUGAUAUGGAUCAUGAAAUAUCACAAUAAAUAGUUCUAGAAAAUACUCUAUUAUUUAGGAUCGUUGAAUUUGAAUUAGAAAAUUUACUAGGUAUGAUGGAUAGAGAUACUUAAUUCGACAAAUGA